AAAUCAGUAGGUAAGGCUGAUGACAUUUAAGAGAGUUGGAGGGAAGAUUGUCAAGGCUUCAUUGAAUGUUUAUUGACAAAAACAGGGGCGGCAUUGCAUGUUGUAAAAUAUCGUAGAAAGAUCACGGUUCUGUUGACAGCAUGCACACUUGCCAGUAAAACAACCAUAACUCUUGCUACAAAGCUCUGAAUCUUUCACUGUUUGAUGUGUUUGAAACUAGACACGUAUAUCUUUCUAGGGAUACAUGGCUUGCUCAGUAUUUUUCUUUGUGUUGAUGCAGUUUUACGUUUGAAUUUGAAACUGAAAUCUGGCCCUGUUGCGAGCAUUUUUGGCUUUGUUGAUUUCUUUGGGUUAAGAUCAGGCUCUUUUAGGCUUUGUUCAAAAUCAUCUAGUCCAAAUUUAUUAGUGGAUUUUAAUAUGGGCCAAUUUUGGCAGAAUGUGAUUAGCUUAAGUUGUAUUAACUUGUGAGUUAAACAUGGAAUGUAAUUUCAGGGCAACCUAGGCAAUGGACAGGAAAUUGCAGUUAAGAGAUUAUCUAAAACUUCAGGGCAAGGGAUGAAGGAGUUUAUGAAUGAAGUAAGGUUGAUAUCUAAACUCCAGCACAGAAAUCUUGUCAAGCUUUUUGGUUGUUGCAUUCAUGAAGAGGAAAAGAUGCUGAUAUAUGAGUAUUUACCAAACAAAAGCUUGGAUUUUUUCAUCUUUGACGAGAUAAAAAGGGUGCUAUUGGACUGGAGAAAGCGUUUCGAAAUUGUUUCCGGGAUUGCUCGAGGGGUUUUAUACCUUCAUCAAGAUUCAAGACUAAAAAUUAUCCACAGGGAUCUCAAAGCCAGCAAUAUUCUACUAGAUGCUGCAAUGAACCCAAAAAUUUCAGAUUUCGGUAUGGCAAGAAUGUUUAUGGAAGACCAAGUCCAAGGAAAAACCACUCGUGUGGUCGGAACAUAUGGCUAUAUGUCACCUGAGUACGCAAUUCACGGACAGUAUUCGAUAAAGUCAGAUGUCUUCAGCUAUGGUGUCUUAACACUGGAGAUCAUAAGUGGCAGGAAAAAUAGCGACUACGGUGAGAAAGAACCCUGGCUGAAUCUUAUCGGACAUGUAUGGGACUUAUGGAGAGAAGAAAAGGCAUUAGACAUAGUUGAUCCAAUGCUGGAACAGUCAUGCCCUCCUCAUGAAGUUUUGAGAUGCGUUCAGAUUGGGUUACUGUGUGUGCAAGAAUUUCCAGAUGAUCGACCUACAAUGUUAGAAGUUGUGUUCAUGUUAGGUAAUGAGAUAGCUCUUCCUUCUCCUAAGAAGCCAGCAUUUGUUUUACGAACACGAAGUGGACAAGACUUGCCAGCAAUGUCUAGAAGAGCAGCUUGUUCUGUAAAUGAAGUUACAGUUACUAUGGUGGAAGCUCGCUAAAAUCCCAGUCUCUUGUAAUAAAUUUUCUCUAACAGGCAUUACAUAGAAGAAAAAAAAUGUUGUCCUGACAAUCUAGUUUUCAGAGAGCAUUUUUUCAGGUUACCUCACCUGCUAAAAUGAUUUUCUACUUAGGAUAGAAAACUAAACAAUUCCAUUUAUUAAAUUUAUUAGAGCAACUAGUACUCCCACAAUAAAAUAAACUCCAUUGAAAUGCUCAAGGGGCUGUCCACUCAUUAUUGCAAACUAGUUUCAUGAGCAUUUCUUUACAACUCUUCAUACAAAAGCAGUGAAGAGUGGCAACCAAGCACCACCGUCACUGUCGGCGCUUGGCUUCAUGCGCCGUCAUCGAUUGAAGAGCGAAAAUUGGUGGAUCUGAAGCCACUCUUUAACCUCUUCCUUUCCCUGCCGGCGGUGACUAUCACCGCUACCUGCAAGACAAAGAAAUCAACACUAGACAGUAGUUUUUAUUCAUUUGUA